GGGAUUUACGGAGCCAUUACAAACGCUCUCCGGCCAUCCGUCAGUCGCGUCCCACACACAUUUCCUGAGGAGAGGGAGAGAGAAUCCAGUGUGCUCCAGGGAACUGAGGACACAGCUACAGCCCUCCAACGGCUUGUGGAGCUGACAGCCACCAGGGUGACCCCAGUGAGGAAUCUACGUGUCCCGUACCGCCUCAUCCGAGAGCUCGGCUCUGGCUCCUAUGGCCGCGUACUCCUUGCCCGGCCUCGCCAAGGAGGACCUGCUGUGGCCCUGAAGGUCCUUCGUCGGGAUUCGGUCUUGAGGACCACCUUCCUGAGAGAGUUCUGUGUGGGCCGCUGUGUCUCUUCACACCCAGGCUUACUGCAGACUCUGGCAGGACCCCUGCAAAGCCCCCGACACUUCGCCUUUGCCCAGGAGUACGCGCCAUAUGGGGACCUCAGCGGGAUGCUGAAGGAACGGGGCCUCCCAGAGCUGCUGGUGAAGCGGGUGAUGGCCCAGCUGGCUGGAGCCCUGGACUUCCUCCAUGGCCGGGGGCUCGUCCAUGCGGAUGUCAAACCAGACAACGUGCUGGUCUUUGACCCUGUCUGCAGCCGUGUGGCCCUAGGUGACUUGGGUCGGACCCGGCCCGAGGGCAGUCCAACCCCUGCCCCACCAGGGCCACUACCCUCUGCCCCACCUGAGCUCUGCCUCCUGCUGCCACCUGAGACCCUUCCCCUGCGACCAGCUUUGGAUUCCUGGGGCCUGGGGGUGCUUCUCUUCUGUACUGCCACCGCCUGCUUCCCUUGGGAUGUGGCACUGGCCCCGGACCCCGAGUUUGAGACUUUUGCUGGCUGGAUGACCACCAGGCCCCAACCCCCUCGGCCACCCCCCCCUUGGGACCAGUUUGCUCCCCCGGCUCUGGCAUUGCUCCAGGGGCUCCUAGACCUGGAUCCUGAAACUAGGAGCCCCCCACUGGUUGUCCUGGACUUCUUGGGGGAUGACUGGGGGCUAGAGAGGAACAGAGAGGGACCUGGGGGCUUGGGGGGCAUGUCUAGUGAAGAUGGGGAGGAGGAGGAAGAGGGGGGAGCAAGCCUGGAGGAGUGGACAGAUGAGGAGGAGGAGGAGGACAAAGAUGGCAGGAGGAUGGGGACAGAUCGGGGAGCUCCCUGACCAGGUGACGGAGACAGGUGGUCAGAGUCUGGGCCAAUGGCCCCUCCCCCAGCAACCUCCCCUCCCUGGCCACCUGGAUGACAGCUGCUCCCUGGAGGACAGAGAUGGAACACAGUGCGUCUCUCCCUGCUGAGGGCUGGACUGGGAAGCACAAUUCCCCUCUCAGCAGAGGACCUGGGAGUCCAAGAGUCAGCCCCUCCUCCCUCACACUGGAGUCCAGGCCCCCAGCUGCCUCCUCUCUCAAGGACCCUUCCUCUUCCUUCUGUCCUGACUGUGCCUUCUUGAAGGAAGGCUCUGCUCCCCGUAGACACGUUUCCACAUUGCGGGGACCUGCCGAGUGCCUCUCAUGGAGCUCUGACAGGGCCACUCGUCCCCACUGACACCUGGUUGACUCUCGCAAUCUGUGGCACUAUGUCUGAGUUCUCAAGAUCCAGCUCCAUGGAAACCUCACCCUCCACCUCUUCCAUUUCCCUCGACUCCGGGUGACACUGGGACAGUCACUCAUCCUGUCUGGACCUAAAUCCUUGCACACACGCAUGAACUGUCCUGCCAUGGGCCCUCUGCGCAUAGUGCAUCCUCUCCCGAGAACUUUACUCACAGCUCAGUGCCUCCAAGCCCUCUCCAGCCUCGUUGGAACCUAUACCCAGGUGACCUCUGUCUCCCAUGGUUUUCGGCCUCACCUGUUGGGCUGUCCGGGGUGGACUUGGUUUUCCUCCUUUUGACAUCUUUUCAGUUCUGCUCCUGCUGGAGGAGGGGUUCUGCUCCCCAUUGUGCCAGCUCCCUACCGGCACGGAGCAGCGAGGUGUGGGGCUGUCCCAGCUUUGUGGGCCUUGGAGUCUGCACUGAGAGCCCCGGGCCCAGCUGGGACGUUUGCCCCUCCCGCCUGCAGCAUGAGCCUGAUGCCUGGGGCUUCCCACCCAAGGGGCAUCCCAGGCCCUUCCCAAGGCCCAGCUCAGGCUCCCCCUCCCAGGGAAUCUGCCCUGUGUGCUUUCUAGACUCAAAAGAGUGGGUUCACCAAGUGCCGUGUGGUGUCCUGGUUCGGACCCGGGACAGAAGGCGGUUGGCGGAAGCGCUGCUGAGACCUGAUCCAGAGUCUAUGCAGGGUCUAGCCUGACUGAUGACUCCUUUGUUUGGACAAAUGUGCCCUUGCCUGCGUGAGACACCAACCUGGCGGGGAGCUGGGGACGGCCUGGCCGUUCUCCGCACAAUCCUUCCAGCUGUUCUGGAAACUGAAAACUAUUCUGAAUUAAAGGUUUGUUUAAAAAAAAUGAAGGGAGUUUCACAGUGGUCAUCUUGCAGC